GAUACAAACAAGUAAAUUUAUGAAGAGUCUAAUAGCUGCCAGUGCUCCGACCUUUUCAGUCCCACGCCAGUCACUGGCAAACAUCCAUGCGAGCUGGGACCUGGAGUGCGACCUGAACCUACUGAGGUUCCAAUACUUCGAUUUUAAAGAAGGGAUACCAUGAACAAAGAAAUUUGGACGGAACAGAGGAAAAGAUACAUGGGGAAGUUGCAGUGUCGACGCCUUUUGAAGGCUGUUCAGAAAGCCAGUGUAGCACAGAUAUACAUUAAAGUAAGCUGCAAUACUACCUCGAGGUCCCGUUCACUUUACAUUUCUUUCAUUAUCCAACCUACUUGGCAAUAUCAUUUCAUCUGUGCUAUUCCAACGCAACGAUGCAAUCCUUCGUCGCAACGUUCAAGCGAUAUCAACCUCACACCGUCGUGCCUGUACCUCUUCCAUACCAACGCUCUCUGUUCUCAAAUCACCAACUUCAAUCACAUGCAACACGAGACCAUGCCCAGACAGAAUGCAGUAUAUGUCUCUAGUAGUCUUGGUGGCGUCAAGCUAAGAGUCCAACCUGGCCCGAUUGAGGAGCAAGCACUCCUUCUGAGCCUCUCGCCCGACCGUGCAAGGUGGAGAAGGACGCUGUGCAGCACUGUAGCCACCAAAGCCCUUCUUUCUGUCAUACCUACAUACUUGUGAGACGCACCCGUGGCCACACACACAGCAGUGGACGACUCUUCGCCACGCGCCUUCCCUUGUCUCUCCUCCAGCAAGAGGAUCAAAGUCACAACAAAAGUCUCCACUGUUUCU